ACGUGCCACUAGUCCUGCGCACAUCGUUGUAUAAUUUCUUGGCCUCAUUUGUAACCGGUAUUUAGUUCGGUGUUUGGACUCGAAAGAACAAUGGCUCUUCUACCGAGACUUGUUGCUCGCCGGGGAGUAUGGAACUUGCUGAAGACGCAGAGAGCAUGCAUGUCAGCUGUCCCCCAGCCACUGGUCAACCCCGAUAUCAAAUAUGAAAAGCUUUUCAUCAACAAUGAGUGGGUGAACUCUGCGUCUGGGAAGACAUUUCCAACCAUCAAUCCGGCGACGGGGGAAAAGAUUUGUGAGGUGGCUGAGGGUGACAAGGCUGAUGUGAAUGUUGCUGUAAAUGCUGCGAGAGAAGCCUUCCGGUUAGGUUCACCAUGGAGAACAAUGGAUGCUGCUCAGCGAGGCCACCUGCUGUAUAAACUGGCUGAUCUGAUUGAACGGGAUCGCCAAUAUAUUGCUUCGCUGGAAACCUUGGACAAUGGUAAACCCUACAACAUCUCAUACGCUGUCGACCUGGAACUUGUUAUCAAGUGCUACAGGUACUAUGCUGGGUGGGCAGACAAGAACCAUGGCAAGGUUAUUCCUAUAUGUGGUGAUUAUUUUUCUUACACGAGACAUGAGCCUGUAGGGGUAUGUGGACAGAUUAUCCCGUGGAACUUCCCCCUACUGAUGCAGGCAUGGAAGCUGGGUCCAGCCCUGUCUAUGGGAAACACAGUGGUAAUGAAGGUAGCUGAGCAGACACCUCUCACUGCCCUGUAUAUUGCACAGCUCGCCAAAGAGGCUGGAUUUCCACCAGGUGUACUCAACAUCAUCCCCGGGUAUGGACCAACAGCUGGAGCUGCCAUUGCUGAGCACAUGGAUGUAGACAAAGUAGCCUUUACUGGCUCCACAGAGAUCGGGCAACUGAUACCUGUCAUGGCUGCCAGCAGUAACCUGAAGAGAGUGACCUUGGAACUGGGAGGGAAAAGUCCCAACAUUGUCUUAGCCGACGCUGACAUGGCGAAUGCGGUGGAGAAUUCUCACUUCGCCCUGUUCUUUAACCAGGGUCAGUGCUGCUGUGCUGGGUCUAGGACAUUUGUACAGGAAAGCGUUUACGAUGAAUUUGUGGAGCGCAGUGUUGAGAGAGCAAAACAGCGCACUGUGGGAAAUCCCUUUGAUUCUGGAAAUGAACAAGGACCUCAGGUGGACCAGGAACAGAUGGAGAAGAUCCUGUCCCUGAUAUCCAGCGGGAAGAAAGAGGGAGCUAAGCUUGCGGUCGGCGGGAACCGAGUAGGGGACAAAGGUUACUUUAUAGAGCCCACUGUCUUCACGGAUGUUCAGGACAAUAUGAGGAUUGCCAAGGAGGAGAUUUUCGGCCCUGUGAUGCAGAUCAUGAAAUUCAAGACCAUUGAAGAGCUGAUUGAGAGGUCACAUGACACAAUAUAUGGUCUGGCUGCCGCUGUCCACACCCAGGACCUCGAUAAGGCUUUGUACCUGGCCAACAGUCUUCGCGCUGGCUCUGUGUGGGUGAAUUGUUUUGAUAUUUUCGAUGCGGCCCAACCGUUCGGGGGUUACAAGAUGUCUGGUAACGGUCGGGAACUUGGAGAGUAUGGACUUGAGGCUUACACCGAGACCAAGGCUGUUUGCAUCAAAGUACCACAGAAGAAUUCGUAAAGCAUGGAGA